AAAAGCGUGGCGGGUGUUCCGCUGGAGUUCUCUGGUUGCGGGUUGCUUGCAAGCUGAGGUCGAUCAUUUGAGUGUCUAAACCGGAAGAAGAGUUGGUUGCAAACAAAACCAUACUUUGAGCCAUAAUGGAACAAGCUGUUCGUGGUGAAUCAAAGAGAAGCCAGGUCACAGGAACACAUUUGACAAAUGACAUUUCCAAAGCCAAGAAGUGUACAGUGAUUGGAGGCUCUGGGUUCCUGGGGCAGCACAUGGUGGAGCAGUUGCUGGCGCGAGGCUAUGCUGUCAAUGUAUUUGAUAUCCACCAAGGCUUUGAUAACCCCGAGGUGCAGUUCUUUAUAGGCGACCUUUGCAGCCAACAGGACCUGUACCCAGCUCUCAAAGGUGUAAGCACAGUUUUCCACUGUGCUUCACCCCCUCCAUACAGUAACAACAAGGAGCUCUUUUAUAGAGUGAAUUUCAUUGGCACCAAGACUGUCAUUGAAACCUGCAAAGAAGCUGGAGUUCAGAAACUCAUUUUAACCAGCAGUGCCAGUGUUGUCUUUGAGGGUGUUGACAUAAAAAAUGGAACUGAAGACCUCCCUUACGCCAUGAAGCCCAUCGACUACUACACAGAGACCAAGAUCUUGCAGGAGAGAGCAGUACUGGAUGCCAACGACCCUAAGAAGAAUUUUUUAACUGCAGCCAUUCGUCCUCAUGGCAUUUUCGGCCCAAGGGACCCCCAGUUGGUCCCAAUCCUAAUUGAUGCAGCUAGAAAGGGCAAAAUGAAGUUCAUGAUUGGAGAUGGGAAAAACCUGGUGGACUUCACCUUCGUGGAAAAUGUGGUUCAUGGACACAUCUUAGCCGCCGAGCACCUCUCCCAAGAUUCAGCUUUAGGUGGAAAGGCAUUUCACAUCACCAAUGAUGAACCAAUCCCUUUCUGGACGUUCCUGUCCCGAAUUCUGACAGGCCUCAAUUACGAGUCCCCUAAGUACCACAUCCCCUACUGGAUAGCCUAUUACCUUGCUUUCCUGCUAUCUCUACUGGUGAUGGUGGUCAGCCCUCUCAUCCAAAUCCAGCCAACUUUUACACCAAUUCGAGUGGCAUUAGCUGGAACAUUCCACUAUUACAGUUGUGAAAAAGCCAAAAAGCUCUUUGGGUACCGGCCACUGGUCACCAUGGAUGACGCUGUGGAAAGGACUGUGCAGAGUUUCCACAACCUGCGGAAGAACAAGUGAAACUCCCCAGUGCCCCACCAGUAACUUUCUCCUCUCUGUUCUAAAGAACAAAUAUCCUUAAGUGAGUUUCUUUUGACCUGUGUGUCCCUUACUGGUUAGAUGGUAGCAUACCUGACACCCUCCAUGACUUUGGAGGUGACAGCAGGAGACAUUUCUCCCAGGAUAGCAUUGAACUUCUCAGGCAGACUCAUAAUCUACUGCUUGGUCUUUUUCUCUCCCCCACCAACCUACCUGUCUCCUGAGUUCAUUAUCAAAAAGACAACACUAAAGUGAAGGCUUUGUUCAGGGUCUUAAAAAUUGAAGCAAAACCAGAAAUUUUAAACACAGUAAGACUUCAGACAUACAUUUUAUAUGAUCACAGUACAAUAGCUCGAAGUAUUGAUGAAUGUAAUCCCCAAUCCCCAAUCCUUAAGGAUAAAUCUACUGCUGGUUCCUUGCUCCCUCAUAUACUGUGUAGGUCUCUUUCAAAGAUGGUUACAAUGUCUGCCUCCAUUGUUUUCCAUAAAGCAUUUCAAUUUAUCCGCAAAA